UGCUUCAGUGUCGUGAGGACGCGCUUCUGUGUGCACGUGCAGAAAGUUCGUCAGAGUUGUGAUUUUCAUACACAAAUAUGAUGGAAGUGAAUAAGGAGAGUCAAGCUGAAGUGAAUGAUACUGAUGGGAAACAUCAGAAUGUGAAAACAAUACAGAAAUCUAAAGAGAAACCAUUUGCAUGUCAUCAAUGUGAAAAGAGUUUCACAUGUAAAAGUGUCCUCAACGCACACAUGAAAAUUCACACCGGAGAGAAACCUCACGAAUGCCAACAGUGUGGAAAGAGUUUUACAAGGAAAGGUGACCAUAAGAAACACAUGAUAACUCACACCGGAGAGAAACCAUUUACAUGCCAACAGUGUGGGAAGAGUUUCAGACAGGGCCAUCACCUUGAGAGUCACAUGAGGAUUCACACCGGAGAGAAACCAUUUUCAUGUCAUCAGUGUGGAAAGAGUUUUACAGAUAAAACUGGCCUCAACACACACGUGAGAAUUCACACUGGAGAGAAACCAUUCACGUGCCAUCAGUGUGGAAAGAGUUUUACCAGCGCUAGUAAUCUUAAGAGACACAUAAAAUUUUUUCACACCGGAGAGAAACCUCACGCAUGCCAACAGUGUGGGAAUAGUUUUACAAAUACAUGUGACCUUAAGAGACACAUGAGAAUUCACACCGGAGAGAAACCGUUUACAUGCCAACAGUGUGGAAACAGUUUCAGACAUGUGAGUCACCUCAAGAGACACAUGAGAAUUCACACUGGAGAGAAACCGUUCAUGUGUCAAGAGUGUGGAAAGAGUUAUACAUGUAAAGUUGCCUUUGAGAUUCACAUGCGAAUUCACACCGGAGAGAAACCAUUUACGUGUCAUGAGUGUGGAAGGUGUUUCACAGGUAAAGCUGUCCAUAACAUACAUAUGAGACUUCACACGGGAGAGAAACCAUUCACGUGCCUUCAGUGCGGAAAGAGUUUUGCAAACCCAAGUAACCUUAAGACACACAUGAGAAUUCACACAGGACAUAAACCUCACGCAUGCCUUCAGUGCGGAAAGACUUUUAGAACCUCAAGUGACCUUAAGAGACACAUGAGACUUCACACUGGAGAGAAACCGUUCCCGUGUCAUCAGUGUGAAAAGUGUUUUUCAGAUAGAGAGAAUCUUAAGAAGCAUUUGCGAACUCACACUGGAGAGAAACCAUUUAAAUGUCAACAGUGUGAAAAGAGUUUCAGAUGUAAAAGUGGCCUCAACACACACAAGAGAAUUCACACCGGAGAGAAACCUCACGCAUGCCAACAGUGUGGAAAGAGUUUCAGAAGCUCAGGUGACCUUAAGACACACAUGAGAAUUCACACAGGAGAAAAACCAUUUACGUGCCUUCAGUGUGGAACGAGUUUUAGAUAUAAGCGCAGCUUCAAAAUACACCUGUGCUCAAACUUUCAAGAGGAGACACUUUAUUGAUCAGUUCUGUUGAAAGUUCAUUUCAGCAUCACAUCUCAAGACUCACCUGAGUAAACAUGAAGUUUGUGCUUUGGUGAAACAUCUCCCCUUUGGUGAAAAUCACCGUUUAAAUGUGGUUUAUAAUUCUGUGCAGCGUUUUCAAUAUGCUGUAAAACAAGCCCAGUGCAAAUUCUUCAGUCAACAUCAUUGCCCAACAUUUUCUCAAUGAAACUGAAGUUUACUAUAAAAACUCUGGCCGUUUCUCAAUUCCAAGAACGCGAAGAACGGACUUGUAUUCUCGUGGAGACCGAUCUCGUGAGACCGCUUCGGAAGAAUGAACUUGAAUGGACACGCCGCAAUGACUUCUGGGACUUCACGCGGGUUCCGUAUGCGUGCAAAGCUGCAUUAGAUCCAUCCUUGGUAUCGAGAACACAUCUGGGUACAUUCAUGCGUUAUCUGUUCUUGAGUAUUGGAACUGGACUUCGACAGUUAUUGAUGACGUAGAGCGAGAACACAAGGACAAAAGACCGCUGAAGAACGGAUAUUGAGAAACGGCCUCUGUGUCUGUCUAAGUCACAAACUACAGAGUGACUGGGUGGAGGUGAGGACUAAUUUUCACAUUCAUGGACAACACAAAUAUUUUUUCAAGAGACUUCUUCUUUCUUUCAAAGUAAAACCACUACAAACACUUCAAAAUAAAAAGAAAGCAAUUGACUUCAGGUUUGGUCCAAGACCAAAACAAUAAACAAAUUAUUGGUGGCAACAAUAUUGCUUUGCGAGUGAUAUUUUUGCAAGGAUUGACAAUGGAGACAAUAUGUUAUGUAAAUGUUAUGCAGGAUUGUGACAGUCUGUUACGACCAGCUUGUUAUUAAGCCGCAACAUAAAAGAGGGAUCAGACACAGAAAAACUCUAUACAAAUUAGUUUAUUUAAUUAAAGUAAUAAAGCAACAAAUCAGUAAUAAUGAUAAACAUAAGUCUAGGGUUAAAUAAGAAAUCAGGAAAAGACCUUACAUGUUCAAGGAAGAGCCACUCCUGAGAAAACCUCUCAGAGAGUGCGUUCUCCAGUUAACAGAUAACACACUUAAAUAUGAUACCAAUUAACAAUUAAUAUGUGAAAGACCAAUCAGGAACUGCCACAUUCUGCCCAAUAGGAUAGAGAAGAAAAACUCAGGGUCAUAACACAGUCCCAGUGUUUUGUGUGGAAGCACAUGGCCAUUGUUAAAUUGUUAUGGUGGCCAUGUGCAGUCCUGUGUCCUGACCCCGCCCCCUCGUUUAGCUUCCCACCUGUAAUUAUCCCCUCCAACUGCCUAGUGUUAUUAUCCCAUGUUAGUUCCCCUAUUUAAUGCCCCUGUGUUUGCUGUCCUGUGCGGUUUCGUUUGGUUUGCUUUGCCUAGUUAACCAUACUUACCUUGUGUCCUAGGUUUUUGAAUCCCCAGUCAAGUCUUGUUCCUGUAAAGUGUUUAGUUUAGUUAUCCUGUCUCUCUUGUUUUUUGCCAACCCCCCUGGGGGAAGUCUUUGUCUAAAGUUCUUUAUGUUAUGUCUUGCCCCAUCGUGGGUCUGUAUUAAAGCUUGAGUUUUGCACCCGCCGCCUGCUUUUGGGUUCUCCUUCUUGGCCGUCCCUGACAACAAUAUUGCAAGAGUUUGAAAGUUCCCAAGAUGCAUUGCAGCAUGUUUACAUUUACAAUGAGUGAUUUAGCAGACGCUUUUAUCCAAAGCAUCUUACAGACGAGGGAAACAAUGGAAGCAAUUGGGACAACAUAAGGACAACAAAAAGCAUAAGUGCAAUAAACGAAAAUUGGUCUCACAAAGCCUAUCACAGUAUACAGAGCUAAGGGUGUUUUUUUUUUGUUUUUUUUUUGAAAGAGUAGAAGAGAGAUAGAAGUCAGAACUGAUCGGUCAGGUGUUGACGUAAGAGAUGUGUUUUCAGACGGUUCUUAAAGAUGGCCACAGAAUCUGCUGAUCUUGUAGCAGCGGGCAGAUCAUUCCACAAAUGUGGAACCGAUCCAGAGAAGGGCGGUGGAGUGCAGAUGGAGAGAGCGUUAAAUGGUUUGAUGUAAAUGUUGACCUGCAAACAAAUGGACGCCUGUGAAAGUCAAAGACGCACGUUCUCACUUCACUGAAACUGCAGAAGAUUGAAGAGAUAAUUCACAGCAGAGAUUUUGAGUUUGUCUAACCCAAUUUAGUGAUAAAAUAAAGUUUUUCUAGAAAUAUCUGUGAAUUUAUUUUGAGUUAUUGAAUUAUUUAUUCUGAAACAUUUCUUUCAGUUAUUGAACAA